AUAUAUAAAAUUUACCCGCUUCUCCCGUCCCGUGCUCAACCUGUUCCGACCUGGUUUUCCUCCAACCGGCGAACCAGCCAAACCCUAGAACGAACCGACCGAGCAGGCCAUCGCCACCCCACGGACUCGCCGCUGCCGCUGCAGCUGUCGCGCCGCAUGGCCGAGUACGAGGAGCGCUACGAGGGCAACGGCGACCCCGCCGCCGCCGCCGUCACCGGAGGUGCCCCGCCGACCAAGCCCUCCGGUUUCUCCGACCAACCCGACGGCCGCUCCCAGCAGGAGGUACAGCCACAUGAGGGAAGGUCCUCAAAAUCUAGAGAGAGGGACAGAGGACGAGAGAAGGACAAGGACAAGGAGCGUGAUAGAGAACAUGGAAGAGAUAGAGAAAGGGGCCGGGAUAAGGACAGGGAGAGGGAUCGGGGUGACCGGGACCGGGAACACGACCGCUACCAUAGGGAGCACCGUGAAAGAAGUGAAAAAAGGGAGUACCAUGAAAGAAGUGAAAAAAGGGAGCACCGUGAAAGAAGUGAAAAAAGGGAGCACCGUGGCCAUUCUGAUGACCAUGAUCGUCAUCGCAGCCGUGAACGUGAUGUUGAAAGAAGAGACCGUGACAGAGAUGGCCAUCGCAGGCAUCGCUCCCGUUCCCGUUCUAAGGGUCGUGAACGCAGAUCCAGAUCUCGUUCGCGUUCUCGUUCAAAGAGCAAGCGGGUGAGCGGAUUUGACCAGGGACCAUUGCAAUCCAUUCCUAUGGUUACUCCUGGCACGACCCCAGGUAUGUGUCAAACAAUACUGAUGUUUCUAGUUUGCAUUUUUACACGUAUAUGUUUCUAUGGUUAGGACUAAAAAAGAUGAUCUGUUAAGGAACUGCUAAUCAGCUGUUAUGCACAAUUAUAUAUUUACAAAUAGCAGCUUCUGGAAUGACUAUGUACAUCCGUUCAUUUUCACUGCAAUAUCUAUCCA